UCCCACGUCAACCGGAGCAACUACUGUGUGCCACCUUACCGGAGUCUCAUUGUAAAGAAUCAUGGCAGAGCUGAAGGAGCGCACAUUUAUCGCCAUCAAGCCUGAUGGAGUGCAGAGGGGCAUCAUAGGAGAGGUCAUCAAGAGGUUUGAGCAAAAAGGCUUCAAACUCGUUGGGAUGAAGAUGACCCAUGCGUCCGAGGACCUCCUGAUGCAGCACUACAUCGACCUGAAGGAGAAACCAUUCUUCCCAACUCUCAUCAACUACAUGAGCUCUGGUCCAGUGGUUGCCAUGGUGUGGGAAGGCAAGGGUGCUGUGAAGACCGGCAGAGUGAUGCUGUGUGAGACCAACCCCGCCGACUCCAAGCCCGGAACCAUCAGAGGAGACUUCUGCAUCGAUGUCAACAAGAACAUCAUCCACGGAGAGGCACUGGAUAGUGCCAACAAGGAGAUCUCCCUGUGGUUCAAGGAUGACGAGCUGGUCAGUUACUCAAGCUGUGCCUUCAGCUGGCUGUACUAAACCUCUCAGCCCUGC